AAGCUUCGUUUCGGUUCUCUUCUUCAGCUCCUUGUUCGUUUUCAUGGAUUGCGGUAUCGGGAGCUCAUCCUUCAUCCCUCCUCGCUCCGUGAUCGAUCUACGAAACCCUAAUCUCUCUUUGAAGCUUCGAUGUCAGAGAUUGAACGGCAGGAAGAUAAGAAGGGGUUUGGUUGUCAGCCGAGCAUCGGAUUCUGGAGAAAGGGAUUCUGGGAAUGGAGUUCCAGUUCCUCCCAGCAAGGUUUUCGUCCAGGAGGCAAUUGGGGCUGAAUAUGGGGAAGGGUUUGAAACAUUUCGAAUGGAUGGGCCGUUAAAGGUUGAUGUGGAUUAUUUGAAUGAUAAUUUGCAAGAAGGCGUGCUCCAGAGGAUACGCCAUGCUAUGAAGCCAGAUGAAGCUAUUGGCCUUAUCUUCUCAUGGGACAAUGUCGUUGCUGAUACUCGGUUGUUGAAACUCAAUGCUUGGAGGCAACUUGCUUCAGAAGAAGGGAAGGAAAUUCCCACAGAUGACCAUAUAAGAAGAGCCAUCCUUCACACAAGUGCUGAUCAUGUAUUACAAAAGGUUUUGUGUUGGCAAAAAGGAGAAAGUGAGUUAGAACAGUUGAAAUCUCGGUUAUCUCAGUUAUACUAUGAGAAUCUUCUCCAACUUGAAACCCCAAUGGAAGGAUUGAAGGAAUGGUUGGAUGCUCUUUACACUGCUAGCAUUCCAUGUGCAGUUGUAUCAUGUCUUGAUCGGAGAAAUAUGCUUGAAAGUCUGCAAAGAAUGGGGCUAACUAAAUAUUUCCAGGCUAUUGUUACAGAAGAGGAUGGAAUGGAAUCCAUAGCUCAUAGAUUUCUCUCGGCUGCAUUAAAGUUGGAUAGAAAACCUUCCAAAUGUGUGGUGUUUGAGGAUGAUCCGAGAGGCAUUACUGCUGCUCACAAUUGUACCAUGAUGGCUGUAGCUCUAAUUGGAGCACAUCCUGCAUAUGAGUUGGAGCAGGCUGAUCUUGCAGUAGCUAGCUUUGGUGAGCUUUCUGUGAUUAAUCUUCGGAGAUUAUUUGCACACAAGGGAUCCAGUUUCAUGGAUUUGCAGAAGCAAGUGGAAGAUAAAUCACCUCCUAAAAGGAAGCUUAUGAUUGACACCCUCUUUUGAUUUUCUAUAUUUCAUACAUGGGUUUUGUUUUUUGGUUCAUCCUUCAAAGUUCAACCAUUGGUUUUGUAAAGAAAGAAAUGUAAUGUACAGAUGGCCUGAUCUAUCCUUGAUAUAUAUAUAUAUAUAUAUAUAUAUAUUUUUUGUUAUAA